UCCAGCCUGACGCGUCUGUGGAUUCCCGGUGAUUCUCUAACCUGGACCUCCAGCCCAGCCUCAUAGAUGAUCUUUGCCCGUGCGACUUCGUGGCUUUGGUUCGCCGAGGAGCAUCUGGAGCAUCCGGAGACCAGUUAUGGCAGUGGCCAAUAUGGUGUGUUUCUCUGACGUGGAAACUUUCCUGGACUCGCACCCCGAGUUGUUUGAGGACUACCUGAACCGAAAGGGCACGUAUGGCAUGGUGGAGAAGUGGCUCAAGAACCACCAGGCGGCCAAGGUGGGUCCGGCGGCCGCGAGGGACGAGAAGGGCGCCGCUCUGAGGGACAGCUGGGCGAGCAAAUGCGACGGUCUCCAGCGCAGAGCCUCGCAAAAGGAGCUGCGCAAAACUUUCGCCCGCUCCAAAGCCGUCAACGUCAACCGAACCUACGACGAGCAAGUCAACUCUCGGGCCCAGGAGCCGCUGAGCAGCAUGCGGCGGAGAGCCCUGCUGAGGAAGGCGAGCUCGCUGCCCCCGACCACCGCGCACAUCUUGAGCGCGCUGCUCGAAUCCAGAGUCAACAUCCCGCAGUACCCGUCCACGGCCGUGGAUUUCAAAUAUUACCUCAAGGAGAACAACGAGAGGGAGUUCUUCCUGGAGCUCGUCAAAGACAUCUCCAACGACCUGGACCUGACGAGCCUCAGCUACAAGAUCCUGGUGUUCGUGUGCAUCAUGGUGGACGCGGACCGGUGCUCCCUGUUCCUGGUGGAGGGCACUGGCAACAAGAAGACGCUCGUGUCCAAGUCCUUCGACGUGCACGCCGGCACCACCGUGCUGCCCUCCAUGAACUCGGACGAGGUUCAGGUGCCUUGGGGCAAAGGGAUCAUCGGAUACGUGGCCGAGCACGGGGAGACCGUCAACAUCCCGGACGCCUACCAGGAUCGCCGGUUCAGUGAUGAAAUUGACAAGCUGACAGGGUACAAGACCAAGUCCCUCUUGUGCAUGCCCAUUCGCAAUAGCGAUGGAGAAAUUAUCGGAGUGGCCCAGGCCAUCAACAAGACCUCAAGUGUGGAACUCUUCACUGAAGAUGACGAAAAGGUACUGCAGAUGUACCUACCCUUCUGUGGCAUUGCAAUCUCGAAUGCCCAACUCUUUGCUGCCUCGAGGAAGGAAUACGACAAGAGUCGGGCACUCCUUGAGGUAGUCAACGAUCUGUUUGAAGAACAGACUGACCUGGAGAAAAUUGUCAGGAAGAUCAUGCACCGUGCUCAAACGUUGCUAAAGUGCGAGCGCUGUUCUGUUCAGUUGCUGGAGGACAUUGAGUCACCGGUAGUGAAGUUCACGAAGUCUUUUGAAUUAUUGUCACCUAAAUGCAGUGCAGAUGCUGAAACAAGUUUCAAGGACAGCAUGGAAAAGUCGUCUUACUCUGACUGGCUCAUCAAAAACAGCAUUGCAGAGCUGGUUGCAUCCACAGGACUUCCUGUGAACAUCAGCGACGCCUACCAGGAUCCUCGCUUUGAUGCUGAGGCCGACCAGUUUUCCGACUUCCACAUUCGCUCUGUGCUUUGUGUUCCGAUAUGGAACAGUGAUCACCAAAUUAUUGGUGUUGCUCAAGUGUUGAACCGCCUUGAUGGAAAACCAUUUGAUGAUGCGGACCAGCGUCUCUUUGAGGCCUUUGUGAUCUUUUGUGGCCUGGGCAUCAACAACACCAUCAUGUACGACCAGGUGAAGAAGUCCUGGGCCAAGCAAUCCGUGGCACUGGAUGUACUCUCUUACCACGCCACUUGCUCCAAGACUGAAGUUGACAAAUUUAAGGCCGCCAACAUCCCUCUGGUGUGCGAGCUGGGAAUUGGCAAGCUCUCCUUUGACGAUUUCUCCCUGGACGUUGAUGCCAUGAUAACGGCCGCGCUGAGGAUGUUCAUGGAGCUGGGAAUGGUUCCCAAAUUUAAGAUUGACUAUGAGACGCUGUGCAGAUGGCUGCUGACGGUGAGGAAAAACUACCGCAUGGUUCUCUACCACAACUGGAGACAUGCCUUCAAUGUGUGCCAGUGCAUGUUUGCCAUGCUCACGACGGCGGGCUUCCAGGAGACUCUGACAGAAGUGGAGAUCUUAGCACUUAUCGUGGGUUGCGUGUGUCACGACUUGGACCACCGGGGCACCAACAACGCUUUUCAGGCAAAGACAGGCUCGGCUCUCGCUCUCCUUUACGGGACAUCAGCUACGCUUGAGCACCACCACUUCAACCAUGCCGUCAUGAUCCUGCAAAGCGAGGGUCACAACAUCUUCUCCAACCUCUCAUCUGCCGAGUACAGCAACCUCAUGCAGCUGCUCAAACAGUCUAUUCUGGCCACUGACCUCACUCUUUACUUCGAGAACAGAAACACUUUCUUUGAACUAGUCAACAAAGGGGAGUACAACUGGAACGUGAAGGCCCACAGAGACAUGUGCAGAUCCAUGAUGAUGACGGCGUGUGAUCUCGGCGCCGUCACUAAGCCUUGGGAAAUAUCCCGCAAGGUGGCCGAGUUAGUGACCAGCGAGUUCUUUGAGCAGGGCGACAGAGAGCGAUCAGAGCUGAAGCUCACACCCUCGGCCAUCUUUGACCGAAACAGAAAGGACGAGCUGCCUGCUCUUCAAUUGGAGUGGAUCGACGGAAUUUGUGUCCCGCUCUAUGAGACUCUGGUCAAGUUGAAUCCGAAACUGAAGCCCAUGCUCGACAUGAUCCAAGCCAACAGGUCCAAAUGGGAGGAGCUGAACAACAGGAGGCAACACGACCGCAGUGUCUCUGCCCCGGCGAGCCCCUCCGAGCCCGUCGGCUCGCCCUGCCGUAGCAGCAGUGCAGGCCACGCGGCCUCCAAACCAGUGGGUUAGCUCGCCUUUUAUGACAUCUCACUUCCUCUUACGGCCUGCGACUUUUGCCGGGAAGACGGGGUCCUCGGACCUUUUUGCUCCUCGGCGACGAGCGGAAAAGCUCCAGGAGGUGUGCGAAUGUUGUCAGGGUGGCUGCGGAUGAGCUGUGUCAGCAUGUCGGCGGACCACUGUCGUGCGGCCGUCGCGCAGCAAGGCACGGCCCAGAUAGUGGAGAGGUGACGCUUGCGUGACGGCUGUUCUCUGUAAAUGUGUACAUACUGUAGGCUACUGAGGACCAUGUUGCGUUCAAGUGCUGUCACAAGUCUGGAUUGUGGUGUGGCUGUAGAAGGAUGAAGUGCUUGCUCCACUUCCUCCCCUCCUGUGCCUUGUUUGAAAGAUUCCCCAUGAAAAAUGCAUGGCCUCCUUUUACAUGGGCACGAGGGAAAAUGGCACCCGUGAUGGAUUUUUUUAUUUUUUUUUAAAUCAAUUUGCCAUUUUACACCACAAGUCCAUUUUACAUUAAAAAAAAAACAAAGAUGGGAUUCAAGUGUAGACUUUAAGAGGUUUCACAACAACAUAGCAUUUUCCAGUUAGGAUUUAUGGACUACCGUUUUAUAAAAUAGUAAAAUUGAGUACAGUGGACACACGCAGUUUGGCACCCGUGGAUUCACCUUUUCGCAAGUUGUUUUCAAUUUUUUUUCCUCGUUUUAUUCUUUUAUGGGGGAACCAACCCCCAAAACACUUAUUUGCGGUUUAUCCCACUUAUUCAAUCCAUUUCUGGGGGUUUAAAAUAAAAACCGCAAUUAUUUUGCGCAAUUAUAAUGGGCAUCAGUUGUCUGCAGAUUUUCGCUAUUAGCGGUCUGACCCGGUCCCUAUCCUGCGCGAAUCGCGAGAAAACACUGUACAGUGCACCACUACAAGCCACAUCGUGAGUAAUUGAUGGCCCCUAAAAAGGUUUCAAUGCCACAACAUGGCAGCAAAGCACUACUUUUGUCCAAAUAAAGUUCCUAAACUCACUUUAACAUAGUUCCUUAGUACCAAGACGCCGCUUGAUGGCAAAAUAAAUAUAUUAAACAGUAAAUAUACUAUGGACUAUGAUUCCAAAACACUUGAAUAACAUUUCCAAGUCAUACAUUACCUUUCAAAAUAAAUGGUUUAACGAUGAUUUGAUAUAUAAAAAAAAUGAACUGACAUGAAGACUCCGCAGCUUCUACUAACAACCCAGGCUAAUCUCAGCUCCUCCCUGACAUGCAAAGUUUGUCACUAAGAUGAGAGGCAUCACUUCAACAAAGGUUCCUUGACACAAAGUACUACUUUCCCAUUAGCCAGGGCUUUGGCGCCAUCUUAUGGCAUUUUGGGGUGUUACAGAAAAAGGAAAAAAAGAAAAACAGCCCAUAGAUGCGUUUUCCAGCAAACAAUGGAAAAUAGAUGAGCCAAAAUAAUUCCGUGAAUAGGUGACUCAAGCUGUUCAGUGUGAAAACAAAUCUGUGGAAUCGACUAUACUAAUAUGGAAUCGCAAAAAUCCGGUGAACACUCUAUAGUGAACCCCCGCAUAGUCCCACUUUGCUAUUCGCAAAUUCUUAUUUUCACAUUUUUUUUCUUUAUAACUUCUCCGCAGAAAACUCACCUAUUUGCUGUGUUUCGUACACUUUCUCUAAAACCCUAAGAUGCCACAAGAUGGCACCAAAGUAUGCACUAAUAGUAGUAAUUGGUGUCAAGGAACCUUUGUUGAAGUGCUGCAUAUCGACUGAGAGAAUAAAAUAUUUGUAUGUUGGGGAAGAGUUUAAUUUAUUUGUUAGUGGAAAUUAUGGAGAGUCUUCGCUGCAUGUGCAUGUACAUGUGCACUUCUGGUGGAAUUUGUAUUUACUUUUGUUAACAAAUUAUUUGUAAGCCAUAUAUCUUAAGGGUCGUAUUGUAAGAUGAGUUUGAAUUGAAAUUAAAGAGUUUUGGAAUCAUAGUUCCUGAUGCAUUUCGGGAUGAAAAAUAUUCAUAUCGGCACUUAUAAACCUUUUGGGCGGGGGCCGUCUAUUACUUGCAUUCUUUCGCUAUUUGUUGCAGGGUUUACUUUAUCUCCAUUUUUUCUCAAAACUAUUUGGACCGUUGACAUGAUUAUAAAUACAGUGUCCGCCAAAGCCUCUUUUCAAUUAUUUUGUAGUAUCACCAAAGAAACCGAUGAAAUACAUAAUGAGUUAAUAAGAUUUGUGCUAUAUACUCAGUGGUGAUGAACAUUUUUAAUCACAUUGCCAGUUGUAUAUUUCAGGUACCCUGUUGAAAUAAAUUCUGUAUAAUAGAACACAGAAAUAGAAAAUAAUACCCUAAAAUUGGUCCCGCUCAUUCUCUCAUCUGCUUCUCAUUUUGUAACAAUUUCAACAUAUUUGUUUAAAAUUCUUAAAUCGUAAGGAGACUUUUUGGACAUUCAUCUCGGGGCGCUGGAAUGUUGCGCCUCUUGUUGGUCCGAUCUGUUGUAUUUGUAUUUAUUUGUAUCUGUUUGCAUUUUCUCGAGAGUCAAUGGGUGGAGUUUUGUGCGCCCCAAGACUGGAAAUGUGUCACGAAAUCAGACAACUGAGACGAACGAAAUAUAUACAUAAAUAUAUUUGAAACAUUUUAAUUUCGUUAUUGAUAUUUGUAUUUUUUUUUUUUUUUUGUGUGUGUUCCCGGAAGGUAAUGUGGUGACCACCGUCACUGGUUGUAUCACAAAUGUAAAAUCUGUAGAAUGGCUGAAUGUUUUUUAAAUUUAAAAUGAAAUUUAUGAUGAGUUCAAAAACAUUUGAGGUUAGGGGUUCAGAUUAGGGUUAGUGGAUACUUGCCACCCAAGUAUGAAAAUAAGGGUUUGAUUUACAAUCAUGUCAAAUGUCCAAACGCCAUCUGUGAAAUCCCGGAAUGUCUCUUCAAUUGACAAUGACAUUUAGGAUUUAUGAUGAUGGUGUAUUAAAGGCCUAAUCACAGAAGAAGAAAACAAGUCCAAAUACUUGUGGACCUAACUGUAUGUCUGGACCCAACCUUACCACAUAAACUUCUGGAAACAUUCACACACAAACGCACGCAUACGCACACGGACACGGACACACAAUGUGCCUUGACGAAGUUGUAUUUCUGCUCAAGUAAGCCAUUUAAUCUUGCAGAAUGAUUCUUAAAGUUGCAUUUAUUUCUCUGGCAUUUGGCCUCCCCCUCCUCACCAACUCUUCAGACUGUCUUACAGUUUUUCAAGUCCAAGGAUGACUGACUGACUGACACUUAGUUGUAGUACUGAAGUGCCCAUAGGGUCACAAGCCAAUCUUUUCAUAUGAAUACUCUUAAGUAGUCGUUUACUUUUUUGCCUUAUGACUUGUGUUGUACUUUAUUGGGUCUUUUUUUUUUUUUAACG